CGGCUCUGUUGUUCUCAGGACGCUAUAAAAGAGCCACUCCUACACCGUCAUUCACAACAUUCAUUCAAGUCCCGAAGAGACAAGAGCAACGCCAGCAUCACUCUGAACAAACGAGCCAUCAACUGCAAAAUGGACCCCUGCGAGUGCGCCAAGACUGGAACCUGCAACUGCGGAGGAUCCUGCACGUGCACAAAGUGCUCCUGCAAGAGCUGCAAGAAGAGCUGCUGCGACUGCUGCCCAUCCGGCUGCAGCAAAUGCGCCUCUGGCUGCGUGUGCAAAGGAAAGACAUGCGACACCAGCUGCUGCCAGUGAGGAGUCUGCAGCAUCAGCUCUCUGCUGCAAUUAUGGAGUCAUUUAUUUGCCACUAAUCAUAAAUUUGCACAUGUCCAAGAAAUGAUAACGAAUGAUUUUGUACUUGUGUUUGAAAUAAACAUGUUUAUUGACGCUA